GAUUAUCCCAUCACAUCUUUCCUGUACUGGUGCACACCCCUAAAACGCUUUCGCCAUCAACACGCGAACGAUAAAUGUGUCUGCUUCUCUGGUUUGAUGAGGCGUUAUCAUGUGGGCCUACAUUGGAUUCAAUUAGCAUGGAGGCGUGUGUUACGAAACGCUCCCCCAGAACGCAAGCGAAUGAAAGGGGCUUGUGGAUGUGGAGGAUGAGCAUGCCACUCACACUCGUAUCCUCUCGUGGAACACAAAGCACGUAACCUCGCGCGCUGCUGUUGCAGUAGCGAAUGGGAAUGGGACGCUCGCGCUGCAUUCUCCGCCGACAUCUGCUUUGUUGACUGAAUUGUCUCGGCUCACGCCUCGUUCUGCGCGUCUGAUGAACUGUCUCGUGUGUCGGUGCCUGCGGCGGGCUUGACGCUCCGGAUAACAAAAACGUUAGGAGGCUGAAGGACGAUCUUCGGUCGUCGGGUUCUCAUUCUGGCUCCGGUGGUUCACCGGUCUUUUGUUUUUUUGUGAAGAGCGCACGUCUUACGAAGACCACAAGUUAAGACCACAACAAAGUCGCUGAACCCAAAUAAAAUGGAAGGAUAUUCUAAGCAGACCUAUAUCUUAGGCUAUCGACCAAUUCCUGACGGAACCACCACCGAUGAACGUUGACAUGGGAAUAACCGCCGUCCGAUCAAAUUUGAGUUUAAACAAACGGAUACAAAAGAAACGGGGUGGGAAAAUUUAAUUCGUUUUUUUAUGUUAAUUUGCUUUAAUUGCGCGGAACGGAUAUCAGGAACGACAACAUAUGUCGCCGAUGCAUCUCGCGGUGGAGCAGGAGCCCGUGCGGGAAUGCCAGUACAAUCAGAUAUGCACGCGCAACUCGUCGCCCGCGGAGGGUUCGCUCGCGAGGAAGGGGGGUCACCGCAGGAAGUGGCAGGUCUUUCAGGGCAGGAAUAAAUUCUACUGUAACGGCAGGAUCAUGAUGGCGAGGCAAUCCGGCGUGUUUUACCUAACGCUGGUGCUCAUCCUGAUGACCAGCGGACUUUUCUUCACGUUCGACUGUCCCUUCCUGGCGUCGAACCUCAGCCCGGCGGUCCCAGCGGUGGGGGGGCUGCUGUUCUUCUUCGUGAUGGGCAUGCUGCUCCGGGCCAGCUUCAGCGACCCGGGGGUCCUGCCCCGCGCGACCCCCGACGAGGCCGCCGACCUGGAGCGACAGAUCGACACCAGCUGUCCCAGCGGGCCGGGCUACCGGACGCCCCCCAGGACCCGAGAGGUCCAGAUCAACGGCCAGACGGUCAAGCUCAAGUACUGCUUCACCUGCAAGAUCUUCAGACCGCCCCGAACCUCCCACUGCAGCCUCUGUGACAACUGUGUGGAGCGUUUCGACCACCACUGUCCCUGGGUGGGGAACUGUGUGGGGAGGAGGAAUUACCGCUACUUCUACCUCUUCAUCGUCUCCCUCUCCUGCCUCACCCUCUUCAUCUUCUCCUUCGUCGUCACCCAUGUCAUCCUCAGAUCCAAUAGGACAGGAUUUCUCAGUGCACUCAAAGACAGUCCAGCCAGUGUCCUGGAGGUGGUGGUGUGUUUCUUCUCUGUCUGGUCCAUCGUGGGUCUGUCCGGGUUCCACACGUACCUCAUCAGCUCCAACCAGACCACCAAUGAGGAUAUUAAGGGUGCCUGGUCCACUAAGAGGGGCAAGGACAACUACAACCCCUACAGCUACGGCAGCAUCCUGACCAACUGCUGCGCUGCCCUCUGUGGCCCACUACCACCCAGUCUGAUUGACAGGAGAGGUCUCAUACAGUCAGAUGACCCCCAGCCACUGUCUCAUUCCAACGGCACCAGUUUGUACACGCCCACUCCACUCUACAGUCACAUGUGUGACCAGGACCAGUGCAUCCAAAGCACCAAGUUCGUCCUGCAGGCUGCCACCACCCCGCUGCUCCACGCCGACCCUGUGGUCCUGGCCCCCCUGUCGGGCAAGACCUCCCUGGGCGGGGGUCCCUGCCUGUCCUACCUGUCCCCCAGCCAGCCCCCGCUGCCCCCCUCCUCCAGCGCCACCACCCCCAGCCUGGGCUGCACGGGGGACAUGCUGCUGCUGAAAGAGGCCGAGGCACGCUGCCGCCACCACCACCACCACCACCUCCAUCACUUCAUGGGGCACGAGGACCCGCCCCCGCCCCCCCAGUCCCCGCCAUCGGCUCCUCCCCCACCCCCAUCAUCCCCGCCCCCGCCCCCGCCCCCUCCUCCUCCACCAUGCCCCGCCCACGGCCACGCCCACCACCACCCUGGCGGUCCGUCCCAGGUGUACGACCUGGCCCGCCAGGACUCUCUGCACGACAGCUCAGUCCGCGGGCUGGUCAAGCUCAGUACCGUGUGACAUCACACACACACACACACACACACACACACACAGGGGGUCACCCUGUGCGUGUGUCCCAUGACCUUUAAGGACUGUGGAUCUGCUCUGGGUGAGACGGUUUACUCGGGUAUUGCAGUCGUGUCUGGUCGUUUAUAUCAUUAAUGCCCUGUCUAAAAUACACCCUGUGUAUUUUACACAAGAUUAGCCAUUAAACCAUCACAAUCAUUACUUAAACAAACAAUAAUUCAAUGAGUAAAGGGGAACUUACAGUGAAGGGAAUUCAAAAGACACUCGGCAAACACCUUCACACACUCAGUUGUGGUGAGGAUGUGGUGAGAACAAAGGGGGGAAGGCCUAACUAGGCCUCUAUUUAUAGUGGGAGGAGCUAUUGAUUACCCUGAAUCACCACUCGAUGUCCCUUGUGGAGGGGAGGUGAAGCUGAAUAAACUUGCGGUUUCUAACACCCUGAGAGAACCCAUGGGAAGACACCUGUGAUGAGGCCAUGUAUAAUGCACUGAGGCCAUGUUCUGGGCACGUCACUAAAGUACUAGACACUAACCCUCUGUGGUCCGUUUGCUGGAGCUCUGGGAGAUCUUUGGGAGAAUUCCCGCGGGUUAGCAAGAAAGUAAUAGGCGACCAGUUUUGUAAUUCCGUUAACACCACUCUUUCUCAGGACCUAGACGACAUCUAGUAUUUUCUUUUAUUUUACCUCACUGCACUAUAGAACUCACACACACACAGUUUUUCUUUGGUUCAUUGUUAACCACAGACAAAUCCAGUGCUAAAACGAUAAUCAUAGUCCAAAGCAAUGCCCCCAUCUCCCAGCUCUCACUGGUGAGCGUGCAGGUAUGCUGAUAUGUGACCCAUGGGUUCUGCUAUAGUCCUGACUGAGGUCGCAUUGUGUGAGGAACAACGGUUACCCGUCAACUGUGAAUUCCUCCAGUCACACGGCGCCAUGACAACAAUGACAAACUGUUUAGAAGGAGCUCCUCGUUCCCUCGACCGAGCUCGAGCGUUUCUUGGAUCCGUAGAGCAAGGCACUAACACUGCCAGGGUUGAUUCCUCAGUCACUCUUGUGAAGUAUCCAGUCAUCGGUCAGAUGUGAUGUUGUGGUUCCAUUGUGUGUGGCUGUGGUCUACAACUGUUGCCAAUAGGAUGGCGUAUCUUGUCGCUAGUAGUUGUUUGUGUGAAAUUAUACAGAUGGUGUUCUAUCUCAGCAAGGGAUCUUAGCCAAUCGGCCGUGGCGUCUGAGGCUCACUGCCUCUCUGCGGAACAUAUCUGGAAGCUCAUUGGAGGACUGAUAUGUUUGAUUCUUUGCAUUUGUGUGCCAAGUAUCAACCCCUGACUGUAACAAAUUCACAAUUUUUAAUGUGACAACUAGGGAUUUAUUCUGGAAAUUACUUUUUGGGAUAUUAUUUGACAGAUUCCAAUAGCAUUACUUUUACCCCCAAUUAAAAUCAGAAGGCAAAGGAGCAUUUCCUUCUGAUAGGCCGAAAUUUUCACAAGAAAAGACCACUACAAAGGAACAUGGUUUCUCUUCUCUUGGAGUCCAAAACCCUCUGUCUAAACAUUAAUAUUUUUUUUAGAAAACAUUUUCCCAAACAAAAACAUGACUUUGAGUGUGACAGUAAGGGCUUAUUUUCUGGGGAUAAAAUGAAUUGUAUCUUUCCUGAAAGAUAUUUGGAUGAUUUAUUCAGUCCAGAUAUGAUGUCACAACAAGCUAUUAUCAACGUCAGAUGGUAAUAAAGACACAACCUUGCACAUUAGACUUGCAUAUUUUAUUGCACUUCAAUCGUAAAUGUAAGCUUUUGUUUUCACUGAACAUGGUUUCAAAUUGUUUUUUAUUGAAUAUGGUUUGAAAGAACCCGGCACACCGGACUGAACAUAAUUACACACAGGAAUUAUGGAUACUUCACACAUGGUUAAUGUAAUUACACAUGAAUAAUGCAGUUACACACAGGAUUAACAGUCAUGCUCGUUAGUAACUGGGUUUGAGCCAUACACUAUGGAUUACAAAGAAAACAUAUUUGUGUAUUCCUAUAAAGCUUUACAAACAGGUACCCUGCUGAAUGGCUUGUUUAUUGUAUUGGGAGUUACUUCAGAGUAUUCAGGUGGUAAGGUGACAAUUUUGGUUAAUCUACCGUCUUAACAAAUCUCAACAUUUUCUCAAAAUAGAUAUGCCAUAUACACAAAACAGUUGGGGUAAAAAAAUAUAUAUUAUCGGAGAGAUAUUUUAAUAGAUAAUCAAAUUUAUCUAUUAAAGAUUUUUAUAUUUUUCCAGUGAUUAAUCCAGAGUAUAUCGUAUAUUAUUUUGUUUCUUUGGAAUACCAACAACAGCCCAUUCACUUUCCUUUUGAUUAAUAUUUUGGGUCAUCAUAUUAAACCUCUGGUCCACUACAACUCACCCAGGUUUAUUUAAACACACACACACACACACACACACACACACACACACACACACACACACACACACACA